UAAUAAGAAACUUUUAUUUAAAAUUUGGAGAAAGAAUGACUUGGAUUAUCUUUUCAAAUAUCUAACUCAGAAAUAUCAUUGGAUUAUUGUUGAAAUUAAAAGUUGAUUAUAACAAACAAAAGUGGAUUGUCAUUACAGUCCAUUCUGGUCACUAAAAUUAUUGCCUUUAAUUGAAUAAGAUUAUUAAAGUCUUGGUUGUUGGGCUACAGCUUCCAACUGUAACUCUAUAAUACUGCAAAGUCUUGAUGGUAGGGCUACAGUUUCAUUAAAUGUAAGAAGAGUUCGUUGAUCACUUGAUCCCUGUAACAAUUUUUUUUUAACGGCAAACCACUAAGAGCCAGCAAGUCGCUGGAAAGCAUUACACCCGAGAAAGAAAGAAAAAACAUCUUGCAAAAGACUCGAAACAUUAAAAUCAAGCCAACUAUCCCACGCCAAGCUAGGGAGUUUGGACCGAUGUUUAAUCCCCAGUAACAAUUGAUUUGACACAAUUGAUUGUUCUUGUUGUUUUGAUUUGAAGGAGCAAUGGAAGGAGUGGAUUACUUGGGAGAUGAGAGGAAUAAGGCGCAGUUCGAUGUAGAAGCCAUGAAAGUUGCUUGGGCUGGUUCUCCUGAAGCUUUUGAAGUUUGUGAUCGUAUGGCCAAGCUCGUCGCUAAUGAUCCGGUUUUUGAGAAGUUUAGCAAGCCUAUGCUUGGUAGGAAAGAAUUGUUCAAAAAUACUCUUAGAAAAGCAGCACAUGCAUGGAAGCUCUUCAAUGAUCUUCAUCUAACUGAAGAAGAAGCAAAAUGGUUGCGACAUUAUAUCGAUGAACCUAACUACACCGAUCUUCACUGGGAAAUGUUCGUCCCUGCGUUAGAAGGACAAUGCACUGAGGAACAAAAAAAGAAAUGGUUGCCUUUGGCCAAAACAAUGCAAAUCAUUGGCACUUAUGCGCAAACAGAACUUGGUCACGGUUCCAAUGUUCAAGGUCUCGAAACAACAGCAACAUUUGAUCGCCAAACGGAAGAAUUUGUGAUUCACAGUCCUACUUUAACUUCAAGCAAAUGGUGGCCUGGUGGAUUGGCUAAAGUAGCAACUCACGCUAUUGUUUAUGCUCGCCUCAUAAUUGACGGUCACUUCCAUGGAGUUAAUGGCUUUAUUGUCCAAAUAAGGAGCUUGGAGGAUCACUCACCUCUUCCUGGCAUUACUGUUGGUGAUAUCGGGAUGAAGUUUGGGCAUGGGACAUAUAACACUAUGGACAAUGGUGUUGCAAAAUUUGAUCAUGUGCGUAUACCAAGAGACCAAAUGUUGAUGAGGGUGUCACAGGUUACAAAGGAAGGAAAGUACGUGAAAUCUAAUGUUCCUCGACAAGUUGGUUACGCGACUAUGGUGUCUGUUAGGCAAACAAUAGUGGCUGAUGCCUCCAAAGCAUUAUCUCGUGCAGUAUGUAUUGCUACAAGAUAUAGUGCUGUUCGUAGACAGUUUGGUUCGCGUAAUGGUGGACCUGAGACCCAGGUGAUUGAUUAUAAAACUCAGCAAAACAGACUUUUCCCCUUGUUAGCUUCUGCUUUUGCCUUCAGAUUUGCUAGCAAUUGGUUGAAGUCGUUGUACACAGAUUUGAAGCAGAGAUUACAAGUUAAUGAUUUCUCUACUUUGCCUGAGGCGCAUGCAUGUACUGCAGGGUUGAAAUCCUUGACAACGGCUGCAACAGCUGAAGGAAUUGAAGAAUGUAGAAAACUAUGUGGUGGUCAUGGUUACCUCAUCAGUAGUGGGCUACCUGAACUAUUUGCAUUUUAUGUUCCCGCCUGUACAUACGAAGGCGAAAAUGUUGUCAUGCUGCUUCAGGUUGCACGGUUUCUGGUGAAGACAGUCUCUGACCUGGGAAACAAACAGCCAGUUGGGACAGCAGCUUAUCUGGGUCGAGUGGCGCCUCUGACGCAGAAGAAUUGUGUUGUUCAAACUGCUGAGGACUGGCUAAACCCUGGUGCAAUAGUGGAAGCAUUUGAGGCAAGGGCUGCUAGAAUGGCUGCUAGCUGUUGUCAACGGUUAGCCGAGUAUAAAAGUCCAGAAGAAGGUUUUGCAGAACUGUCAGCUGAUCUCGUCGAGGCAUCACUUGCUCACUGCCAAGUAAUUGUGGUGUCCACAUUUAUACGGAGAUUGCAACAAGACAUCCCCGGAAAGGGAGUGAAACAAGCUUUAGAGGUGUUGUGCUAUGUCUAUGCAUUGUUUCUUCUUCACAAGCAUCAAGGUGAUUUCUUGGCCACAGGCUAUCUUACACCUAAACAGGCCUCACUCGCUAACGAUCAACUUAGAACAUUGUACUCUAAGGUCCGUCCAAAUGCAAUAGCGUUGGUUGAUUCGUUUAACCACACGGAUCACUACCUGAGUUCAGUUCUCGGGUGUUACGAUGGAAAUGUGUAUCCAAAACUCUAUGAGGCUGCAAUGAAAGAUCCUCUUAAUGAUUCAGAUAUACCUGAUGGCAUCCGUCAAUAUGUACAACCCAUUCUGAAGCAGAAGCUACACUCCGCUAAACUAUAAAACCCUCAUUAUGGUGAUCAUUCAACUGGUUUUAAGUUUUAGUUAUCGUUUUAUGUUGGAAAAGUUUUAGCGUCUAUAUAUUAUGCAACCUCCUAUAUUUGGGCAAUAUGUCAUGCACAGAUGUUAAUAACUUGCUGUAUGAAACAAUAAGGUGUUUGAUUAUUUACACUGCUAUUAAAUAUUAUAAAAAUAUCCGUUACGGUAUAAAGAUCAUUUGAAUGUCA